GGUAAAUUAGACAGCAGAAAUUUGAGCACCACUUAAGUUAAUUAAUGUACUUAGAAAAGCGGCACAAGACGGGGGCAUUACAUGAGUGAACUGCUUUCUAUUGGCUAUAAUGUCUACUGUAUAACAGAAUAAACAACUAUAAGAAAGACGACCCUUUAGGCACAGCUACGGGUAAAAAAUGAGUAGCUAAAAAAAAAUGACAUCAUCAGUUUGCGCCACAUGUCAUCGACAUACUUGCAUAGCUAUGGUAUCAUUGGAUACAGGAAUUUCACAACGUGUGGUUGAUGGUGUGCGGUUAGUGAUGCAUUUCUACAUCUUUGUGUGGAGUCAUGGCUUCUGAUGAUGAGCUCAGCAUUCUUGUAAUUGUUGUCGAUGUUAACCCUAUAUGGUGGGGUCAACAGACUCUGAAAUCUUCCAAGUUUACUCUGUCGAAAUGCUUGGAUGCAGUGAUGGUGAUGGGCAACUCGCAUCUGUUGAUGGGCCACAACAGUAAACUAGCUGUCAUUGCAAGUCACAUACAAGAGAGCCGUUUCAUUUAUCCUGGGAAAACCUCCAAGACUGGUGAUGCUGGAGAUAAUGGCAGUAGUCCAUCUGAGUCUAUGUUUUCAAGCAGCAAGGAUGGGAAAUAUGAACUAUUUGCUGCAGCAAAUGAACUCAUGGCUGAGGAAAUUAAAGAUCUCAUGGCAAGAACUGCAGUGACUGGGCAGCAGACUGAAACUCUUCUAGCAGGGUCACUUGCAAAGGCUCUGUGUUACAUUCAUAAGUUGAGCAAGGAACUAGAAGCUGGGCAAGACAUAAAGUCUCGGAUUUUGGUUAUUAAGGCAUCAGAAGACAGUGCUCUGCAGUACAUGCAUUUUAUGAACACAAUAUUUGCUGCUCAGAAACAGAACAUUCUGAUUGAUGCUUGUGUGUUGGACUCUGAUUCUGGACUUCUACAACAGGCAUGUGAUAUAACAGGAGGUUUAUACUUGAAGAUUCCACAGAUGCAAGCCCUUCUGCAAUAUUUACUGUGGAUGUUUCUACCAGAUCCAGACCAAAGGUCCCAGCUGGUACUUCCACCACCCGUCCAUGUUGACUAUCGAGCUGCUUGCUUUUGCCACAGGAAACUCAUUGAAAUUGGUUAUGUCUGUUCAGUGUGUUUGUCAAUCUUUUGCAAUUUCAGUCCUAUCUGCACCACAUGCGAGACUGCUUUUAAGAUUGCUCUGCCACCUGUCUUAAAAGCUAAGAAGAAAAAACUGAAGCUGAGCACUUAAUGCAGUUCCCCCCUCUCUUGGUCAGCAGUAAAGCUGUCCUGAACACCACAGUGAAAGCUACAGAUGGAACAGUGCUCACUGGCACAGUAGGAAGGACAUGGAUAUGCUUAUGUUUUGAUAGAAUUGCAAAGUUUAAGGAAAUUAGAUAAACUGACUAUACAACCUUUAAAGUUCGAGAAGAUAUUUGGCAACCGUACAUCAGAGAUGCCGUGUGGUCCACAAGUGUGAAGAUACAUUGGAAUUUUCUGUUAUAACUAAGCUGGUGUUCAUAAUGGAGUUGGGAAAGUGCUUGUGUCCAUUUCUUUGCAUGCUAACACUGCAAAAAUAAUUCUGUGUGCUUCAAGAGGACAGAUUCUGUCAAGGAGUCUUAGGAAGAAAUAUUACAUGCAUAAGUAUGUUUCUUUGCCUUCAGCUCAAUGAUUGCAUAGUUGUGUGGAUUAUUAUGGUUUUUGGAUGUCUCUUCAUACUGUUUUCAUGGCUAAACUAUAUGCAAAACAUCAAAGGCCGUUCAUAAAACUGAGUACCUCAACUGACUAGACUUGAAUAUCUAUGAUGAGUAUACAGAAAGUUUGAAAAUUAUCUACAUCUAUUUUUACAUUUGCAGUAUUCAGGAGCAAUGUCUGAAGCUUACCAGUGUUUGGCAGUAUUGUAAUCGAUACAGUUAGUCUCAAAAAUUAAAGUACUGUAUUUUGAAAGGGAAUUCUUAUGAAAAUACAUAGGAAAAUAGAGCAUUUGUCCUUUUAAAUAAGAAAUGAUGUAUGUUGACUGUUAAGUAUUUGAUUCAUUUUAUAUAUAUAUAUAGUACAGAUUUAAUGGAGUAUAUAAAUAUUCAUUGAAUGUAAUGAGAAGCUGCUUUUACUAUGUCUUUGAUAACUCUUCUGUUAAAAUGUAUUUUGUCAUAUAGUAUAGCAUCAUAAGUAACAUAAACAGCAAGGUUUCUUUUUAAUGUUUGUAAGAGUAAUAAACUGCAAUAUUUUAUGCAGCACUAAGAAACCAUCAAUAAAGAAGAAAUGAGGCAUAAAACUAGAACAACAUAAGGAGGAUGCCCACUGAAUGAGGUUUGUUUAGUCAGUGAUUCUAAUCUAGAAUAGGAAAAUACAUUGUCAGUUGUUUAAGAUUGAGAAUUAGAUGGUUUGAGAUCAGAGUCAUCCUUCCUAGAUGGUAAAAGUAUGUGCAACUGCUACUUGGGCCAGUCUUACUUUACUUAGAGGAUUGGUAAUUGCCUCAAGAGGGUUGUAAGUAGCUUAAAGGUUAAGGUGUUUACCUCACAGACACAAAAUACAUGGUUUGAUUCUAACCUUGGGAAGCAUGGCUAGGCUUAAAAAGACUCCCUGGGGGUGGUUAGCUUAUUAAUUAUGACAUUUCAUCAUAUAAGGAAUUGUUAAUGAGUCGUAUAACAACCCAUAUAAAAAUGUUUGUCACUAAAAAAGUAAAUGGUUGACAUGACCCUUAAGAGCACAGCUUAGCAAACUUGAUUGCUUUUGGAGACUGCAUACACUUCACUUUGCACUCUCUUCAGAGUUUACUUCCAGUUUCCAUUCACUUUCCAGAAACAAGCUGAUAGUUUUUAGCAGAUAAUUAGUCAAUAUGUGCUGCACGUAGGGGCCUAGUUUGUGUCUGAAAAAAUUGAUGCUAGACCAUUUUGCUUACUUGAUUAACAAAUGAAUAAAAAAUAUAAAAAUAAAACUGAAAACAGCAUUAAAAGGCAGGCACACCUGAAUAGGUGCCACUAUCCAGGAAAAAUACUACCAGUCUUUUGUGGGUGAGGUAGGGUUACUUCCUGCACCAACAUUACUGCAGGAACCUGGGGCAUUGUGGGAGGAUCUGUUCUUGCCAGGAGAGGAAAAGAAAGUUAGAGAAAGAAAAUGUUACACUGUUCCAUAGUAAAGUACAGCACUAACAGCCCUGGCUCCCCUGAAUCUUGGUAGACACUAUGGAAACUGUUUAGGUAAAGGACAUCCUGCACUCAUGAAAAAUUGCUUUGAGAUUUAAGAUUGUCAGAGCCUGCAAGGUACAUGCUUGUUCUAGGCAUUGACAAGGUAUACUUUUAGAUCAGAGUUUAUUACUUAAGGUUUACAAAUGACGAGAAACAAAGGAAAGGUAGCCAAAGGUGCAGCUGAGCGCCAGACGUGGUGGGAUUGUGAGAAUUAAAAACCUGGCUUGAUGCAGCCUUCUAAGUCUAGGUUUAACACACCAAGUAAGUGCAUCUAAUUAGAAUAAGUUCCAUAGAUAUGAUAGUACUCUUUGAUAUAAAAUGCCCCCAUUUGAUAAGUUAAACCUACACCUUAUUGUAUUCCUGAAAUACAGGACAAGCGGGAUAUGGAGCAAAGUACAAUUCCACAUGUUUCUGCAUGGCAGUGAGGCAUACUAAUUAACUAGUCUGUUUUACCAAGAAAAAAUAUAUGUUGCACAGAAGUGUGAUGCAUGAAUGUUUGACAUUCCAGUUGCAUCUUUGUAUGUAGAUUAUUUUCAAAAAUUAAAUUUAUUAAGUAACAUAAAAACACAAAUACAUGUGUAAUGCAUUUGAAUGUUUCCCAGAAACAGAACUGUAAAUUUGGAAGUCUGCACCACUAUAUAAAGCCAUUGUUUUCAGUGCGUUACCUUGUGUUAGAUAUUUAAUGCCGCGGUGGUACAGCGGUAGCGUUGUUGCCUCACAGCAAGAGAUUCUCCUGUUCGAUUCUCGGCUGGAGAGCCUUCAGUGUGGAGUCUGCAUGUCCUCC